CGCGCUCCAGUUGCGGUGGGAAGAGGCUCCUUGGCAUCUGUCUCCGCCAGGACAGGCAGGAGCCGGGCCCGCCCGUGGGGUCCCACGCAGCCGCCAGCGCCUAGGAGAAGGCACCAGCCCCGCUCCCGUGCAAUGAGCCUCCGAGCCCAUUUGCUGGUAGGUGGAAUGGGGCAGUCAUGAAUGGUGAUGCCCUUUGCCAAGAGUCUUCCUCCCAGCUUCCCGACUGGAGGGAAUUCUGUGAGCUCCACGCCCAGGCUGCUGCGGUGGAUUUUGCUCAGAAAUUCUGCCAGUUCCUGAAGGAGAACCCCCAUUACGAUACCCCGGGGGCUGAAACCUCCUUCUCCCAUCACUUUGCUGCCAAUUUCUUGGACAUCUUCAGCUUGGAGGUCAGCAGGGUGUUUGUGUCCGACUCCCCAACCAAGUACAACAUAGUGCCCUUUGUGGGACUACAGAACUGCCACAUGCCUUACGGCCGAGACAUCCUCCAGAGGAAAGAGGAGACCUCCACAGAAUCCCUGGACAGCAUGGACAACCCCGUGAACUCCAGCCGAUAUCUGAGCCAGUCCCAGCAGGCUCAGGCCCAUAAAGUUUCUUCCUACGGCCACUCUCGGAGUUCAGAGGACGUCUCUGUCCAUGCUACUUCCAAGCCGAAAUUCAAGAAAGGUUUCUCCUUGAGGAAUAUGAGUCUGUGCGUGGUGGAUGGCAUGAAGGAGAUGUGGCACAGGAAGUCCUCUCCGGAGCCAGGCGUGGAGGCCACGCAGGGUGGCAGGAGGUCAGAGAGAGAGCACUGUCCCUCUGCGAACAAGGAACACAAUGACACAAGGGAGAGAUGGACUCAAAAGCUACGGCUGUCAAAAGUCCAGUCUUCCAAGGUGGAACUGGUGGAUAUUCAGAGGGAGGGCACCCUCCGCUACAUGGUGGCGGAUGACACGAACUGUGUGGGUAGCUCUCAGUGGCAGAAGUGUCGGCUGAUGCUCAGGAAGGCUGUGAAAAUGGAGGGGGAGAGGUUCCUGCUGGAGUUUUAUGUGCCUCCAAAGGCUUCGAAACCUAAGGUCAGCAUCCCACUCUCAGCCAUCAUUGAGGUCCGGACGACCAUGCCUUUGGAGAUGCCGGACAAAGACAACACCUUUGUGCUGAAGGUGGAGAAUGGUGCUGAGUAUAUCCUGGAAACCAUUGACUCCCUCCAGAAACACUCCUGGGUGGCGGAUAUCCAGGACUGCAUAGACCCUGGGGACAGCGGAGAUGAUAUUGAACUUUCCUCCUGUGUGCAGGGAGCCUGCCUGCCAGGCAGGGUACCCUCCUGCAGCUGUGAAUUUGUGGCUGAUGGAGCAGACUGCAUAGGGGACAGUACACCAGCUGUACACAGGACUCCAGACAGAUGUUCUGUGCUUGCCACCCAAACCACCACCCCAAUCGCUGCCACUAUCAUCUCAGCCCCGCAUGGCAGGGCCAGGGACUCCUCAGGGGAACACCUGGCCCAUGUACCACUUGAAAACUUCCUGCAGACCCUGGAGUCGUCAGCCACCAGCAGUCAUUUAGCAGGGGAGGAAAGCGAGACAGAAGCAGAGAUCAACCUCUCAGAUUUCCCCUGGUUCCACGGGACACUGUCGCGGAUCAAAGCUGCCCAACUGGUGCUUUUUGGCGGGGCCAGGAGUCAUGGUCUGUUUGUCAUUCGGCAGAGCGAAACUCGACCAGGCGAAUACGUGCUGACUUUUAACUUCCAGGGGAAAGCAAAGCACCUGCGGCUGUCCCUGAACGAGAACGGACAGUGCCACGUGCAGCACCUCUGGUUCCAGACCAUCUUCGAUAUGUUGCGGCACUUCCACACCCACCCCAUCCCCCUGGAGUCCGGCGGCUCAGCUGACAUCACUCUCCGCAGCUACGUCGUGGCGCAGGGCCCCUUCUCUGAUGCCAGCCCUGCUCCAGCUGUUGCCUCCCAACAGCCCAGCUGCAGAAGUGACCUCUUGUCCCAACACUACUUCUCCGGCUUUGUGCCAGGCCCUUUCCAGCCCACAUCGCCCGUGGAGGGGGCUGUCGCCUCUUCCUCCUCCACCGGCCACCCUCUGUACCACCGAAUGGAGGGGACCCUCAGCGCCCGGAGCCGCAGCAACAGCACCGAGCGCCUGCUGGAGUCGCCCAGCGUUAGCGCGGACGACUACCACGAGAGCGACGGCUCACGCAACAGGACCAGGGCGGUUGAGAACCAGUAUUCUUUCUACUGAGGGGUCACAGAGUGGAGGCUAGCCCUCUGUGUGGGGUGUCCUUGCCUGCCGAUGCAGCCGUGGUUCAUGAGGUUGCUCGUGCCAUUGCUGAUGAGCCCUGGCUCCGAUCUCCGACCACCCACCUCGCCCAGUGAAUGUUUACAUAUUGCCAUGGCCCAAAGCCUUGGGCUGUCCCCACUCUCUUGUCAGCUUUCUGGUGUGCCCCUCACCUCCGCGUCCGAUUCACUGGUGCCAACUCCAUCCAUCACCAGCAAUGGACCUGGGCUGUCCUGUCUCCCCCUGGCAGCUCGGAGAAUGGUUUGAACGAUGAGCGACUUGCCAGCCGGGAAAUCGCGUUGGGUAUGCCCAACCAAACACAUUCACAGCUCCCUAGAUCUGGCUCGUGCUCUGAACUCACAAAGCCAAAGACACCAGUGCCAUUAAGAAACCUGUUCUAGGGUCAGCAGUGCCCGCUCUCUGUCCUUGUCAUCUUGCGGUCGGUUCCCUUAACUCCUACGAAGACUCGCCUGCCGGUCUCUCCAUUGUCUGCUGUUGGAUCGGGACUCACUUCCCGCUUGGGUCUAGUAACAUGCAGUGAUUCUCCUGGAAUAGGAAUCCAUGGCUUUGAUUUAUGUCGUUCUUCCCUUAGCUGUGCAACAAUGAAAGCAUCUCCUGGCGUUUCCUUGAUGGAAAGGACUAGACAUUGCCAGUAUUGGAACGUAGUCAAGGUCACCUCAAAUGAUUACUUCCCUUCAGGGAUAAUUACCUUGAGUUUUGCAAACAAGACACUGCAGGCUAGUAACGUUUUGAGGUGACCUUGUACAUGACAAAUCUCGCCAAGGUAGUUUUGUUACUAGUACAGAGAACGUGCCAGCACACACACCUGUCAGAGAUGGAAAAGACCUGUCAAACUACCUGGUCCCUCUCCAUUGCUAUUACGAGAUUGUUCGCAGGAAAUUUAGGGUUGUUUGUUCACUUGAGUCCCAAACCCGUGGGGAGAUUAUUCCACAGCCUAAUGCGUCUGACUGUCAGAAAGUUUUUCCAGAUAGCCAGCCUAUAUUUUCCCUUUCUUCACUUUAUCCACCCUAAUGAUUCCUUUUUCCUUCUUGGUUUUUAAAAUCCUACAGCUGCUUGAGGGGUGGAAUAAAAUCUCCCUGCCUCCGUCACCUCGUAUCCAGCCUGUAUCUGUGGAGUUCUGUUAGUAUUUCCUUCUAAAGCCAUCUCCUCAGGCCCUGAUCAUUUGUGUUUAUGUUCUCUGAACUUCCCCCAGUUUGUCAAUGGUUUCUUGGUAAUAUAUGCACGUGUGUCUUAUGCAUAUUCUCUCUCUAUCUUUUACGUGCAUGCUCUUUCUCUCUGACACACACAUACACCAACCUGAAAGUUCCUGGUUGAAUCCCAGUCAUGGCUAUACCCUGUAUGUUGCAUUGUCGUUGCUAAGAGGAACACAAUUGCAAGUGCAUCUUUUGGCUAACAUGGCAAAUUCAACCAGUUCCAUCCCCUAGAGACAGAGCUUUUAAAAUAUGACAUUGGCCCAGAUUUUCAAGUGGUCACAUAUUUUUUGGGGGCUGCUCCAGUGUUUGGGUCCCCAGCUGGAGAUGCCCAGGGAACCUCAUUUUCAGGAGGGCCAGGCCCCCUCUACUCUGUUAGAAGUCAGUGAAAAUUUGGUUGUGUUCCGCAAAAUUAAGGCACUGAAAAAUCAGAGGCCACUUUUGAAACUAUUGCCCAUUAAACUUAACCGCCUAAGGAGAGCGAGCUGGAGACAAGAGAGGGCUAUUUCUUGCUGUGUUCAUAGAUAAAAUAACUGAGGUGUUUGGUUGGUAUGCUUCUGGUUUUAAUUUAAAUAAAAAAAUGUGUACUCAUGGCUGGAUGAAACUCCCUGUGGGCAGAGAUCCAGCACUUAAAGCCAGGUCUACACACUAAUUUAAUGUUAUAUAAUUAUGUCAGUUGGUGGGCUGGGACCUGGUGUGCAUAUUUUUAUUUAAACUGAAAUUGUUGCACCAGUGCACCUCUAGUGUGCAUGUGUGGCAAAAUGGAUUGAGCACUGGACUGGGACUUAGCAGACCUGGAUUCUGUUCGCAGUUCUAUUAGCCUGCUGGGUGACCUUGGGCAAGUCACGUCCUGUCUCUGUGCUUCAGUUUCCCCAUCUGUAAAAUUGGCAUAAUGAGACUGACCUCUCUUUUGUAAAGUGCUUUGAGAUCUACUGAUGAAAAGCCCCAUAUAAGAGCUAGGUAUUAUGAAAGCUGCCUUUUAACACUAUAUAUUGUUCCCAUAUGGAAUAAGUUAUAUGGUGUAAGCACCUAUCUGCCAGUCUAACAGAGUCCACGCUAGGGAGGGCUUCCGCUGCAGGUAUUGUUAAAGUGGAACAACUUGUGUGUGUAGACAAGGCCUUGAGUCCCACUCAAGGGUUCUUUUGGCAUUUUUUGGUGCCUUCUUUCCUGAGCCAGCAAAAUGUGCCCUCAUCUUUCCCCCCGCCCCCGUGGCCACUUCUCCCAGCUCUUCCCCUCCCCUGCCCCCCACUUGCAAAGGCAAAGAAUGGGUCUUCUGGGCCAGCCUGCUGCACCACCUGCUUAAGUGUUGUGCCCCUGAAGCAGGAUGCGGGGAGUGAAGCCUUGGGCUGCCCAUUCCCCUCUGCUUACAGCCACUUCUGCUUUCAAAGGAUCUGGAAGGGACAGCGGGAGGGGUUCGAUUUAGGUUGGGGUUUUUAUUUGCAUGCUGCAGCAGCCCAGCCCGGGCGGGGUCACAUACAGAGGAACCCGUGCCAUACUCACACAGGUGGCAUCCUGUGCUGCAGAGAAAGGCAGGGCUUUCUUUGGUAGCGAGUCUGAAAUAGACCUGCUGUAUUUGCGCCCCCAAGGAACUGACGGGGAGUGUCCAGAUACUGAACGGUUGCUGCCAUUCUCCUCCUCCAGAAAGACUCAGUGGGCUGGUUGGACAGAGGCAAAGCAUUGCCUCGCAGACCUUCGCCAGCUGGCUGCUUUUUCCCAUUCCACCGUGGGGGUGAGGUAAGCGGGAAAGGGGGCAGCAAAUGAUCUACAAGCAAAUAUGUUGAUUUGUAAAUAGGGGGAAGUAGGGAAAAGUGUAAUGUUCUGUAGAAUAACUAAAUUUAUUUAAGCAACUUGUAAAACAAAUGGGAAAAUUGAGUUCCAGUUUUGAAAUAAAACCUCUUGAACCAA